AUAAGGAAAAUCACGCUAUGUAAAGCCAGUGUCCACAAAGGAGACAGAGGAGUCCUGCAACUUCAUUCCAAUAAAGGGAGAGAGCCUAUUGGAGUGCACACCCUCGGGGUUUUUUCUCUCGAUGUUUUAGAGGAGGCAGCCUCCUUUCAUCCUAAACUGCUGGCCGCAUGGUGCCCUCUUCCUUCCCCACUUGGCUGAGGCAUUAGGAAGCUACAGCCUUCCCGAACAGCUUACCUCAUAUUCCCCCUUGAACCUGUCAUUUUACCUCCGAGUUUAGAAGUUCUGAUUUGUGCAGACCCUUGUCUGUUUCGGGAGUCAGACAGUCAGGGCUCUGCAACAAACCUGCUGCCUGAAAUUAGUAGAGACAUUAGGGUUAAAAACCCACAUCUCCACCCAUCGAAUUUUUCGUAAAGACGUUAGCACACAUCUUCCUUCACGAUCAGAACACUGGAAAAGCAGGUUAGACGCCAAAGUAAUCUAGUAAAGUCUUUGUAAAAGACUUUAUGUGCAUUACAUAGAGUGGAAUUCUAGAGGUAUUUUCAUUGCAUUACAUGCUGGACAGGGUUUAAGAUGAAAUAUCAUGUUUUAAAUAGACGCAGGAGAUAUAGAACCACCCCCAGUGUUGAUAAAACCAAACAGAGCCACGCCACGGGGAGGGAGGGGACUGUUGUUCACCUGCGGUCACACCGGGAUCGCCCGGGCACUGCUUCCUCACCUCGCAGAGGCAGCAGGUGCCUCUUUGCCGGGCUGCUCCGGGCUGGGGCCCGCUGAAGACAGCGCAGCCGGGAGGAGAGGGCAGAAGCCCGGCGGGAUGCAGUGCUGGGAGCGGGCCCCGGCGGCGCGGCGGCGCUGGGUGCUGCUGCUCGGGCCGCUGGCGCUGCUCGCCGCCGCCCUGGGGCUGCGCGGCACAGCCCGCCCCGACCCCCCUGACCCCUCCCGCCUCCACCGGGCGCUGGAGCUGUCCCCCAGCCGCAGCAUCAACUGCUCGGGGGUCGUCCGCGGGGACCAGAAAGCCAUCCGGGAGGCGCAGCUCAGCAACCUCGAAGUGGCGAACAGAAAGGCUUCACCGACGCCGGGCGAAUACCUGAACAUUACGAGGGACUGCAGAGCCUUCAAGGAGACCCGGCGCUACAUCGAGUUUCCCCUCAGCCAGGAGGAGAAGGACUUCCCCAUCGCCUACUCCAUGGUCAUCCACAACAAAAUCGACAUGUUUGAGCGGCUCCUGCGGUCCGUCUACUCCCCCCAGAAUGUGUACUGUGUCCAUGUGGACAGCAAAUCCCCGGCCGCCUUCCAGGAGGCCGUGCGGGCCAUUGCUGCCUGCUUCCCCAACGUCUUCGUGGCCAGCCGCCUGGAGAGCGUGGUCUAUGCCGCCUGGUCCCGGCUGCAGGCCGACCUCAACUGCAUGCAGGACCUGCUGCAGAGCCCCGUGCCGUGGCGAUACCUCAUCAACACUUGCGGCACCGACUUCCCCAUCAAGACCAAUGGCGAGAUAGUCCGGGCGCUGCAGCUGCUGCAGGGCCAUAACAACGUGGAGUCGGAGAAGCCCUCAGCCGCCAAGCAGCAGCGCUGGCAGUACCACCACGAGGUGGGGGAGACCAUCUCUCGCACUGCCCAGAAGAAACUGCCGCCGCCCCACAGCUACCCCAUGUUCACGGGCAGCGCGUACAACGCGGUCACACGGGACUUUGUGCAGUACGUCUUCGAGAACCCCACGGCACAAAAGUUCCUCGAGUGGUCCAAGGACAGCUACAGCCCUGACGAGCACGUCUGGGCCACCCUGAACCGCAUGCCGGGCGUGCCGGGGGGCACUCCCCCCAGCGACAAGUUCCAGCUCUCGGACAUGAACGCUCUUCCCCGCCUGGUCAAGUGGGAGUACCUGGAGGGGGACAUCAGCAAGGGCGCGGCCUACCCGCCCUGCACCGGCCGCCACCAGCGCUCCAUCUGCAUCUACGGGGUGGGCGACGUGCCCUGGAUGCUGCAGCAGCACCAUCUCUUGGCCAACAAGUUCGACCCCGAGGUGGACGAUGCGGCCCUCCAGUGUCUCGAGGAGCACCUGCGCCACAAGGCCCUGUACGGCCGGGGGCUCUGAGGGGGAGCCGCGGAGACUCUGGCCAGCACCUGUUGCCUUCCGUGGGCGGGUCUAGCCCACGGCGCCUCGGGGACAGCGGGAGAGGAUCCCCUGGGCCCCUGAGGGGCCCACGUCUCGGCGCGGCCCCGGGGAGAAGCUCCAUUGGUGGGCGCGGGGCUGUCCGGACGGACGGACAGACGGACGGGCCGGCCCGGUGUGGAAGGGCGGGAGGCUCAGCCCGGCCCGGCCCGCGGGGUCCCCUCAGAGGGCGCGGGAGCGCCGCUCUCCCCCGGAUCGGCUGGAGGAAGCGGGCGGGGCGUUUGCCUGGGUCUAUCGGCAAAGAGCACCGCCCGUUCCUGGCACCCUCAGCGCUGCUCAGCUGAACAUCUGGCUGCUGCUUUUGCCUCACUAAACUUCGGCUCCAUCAGAAGCCGUUAGUCAAAAGUCAACCUUCAAUAAAAUCCAAGAUACUAAAAUA